AAACUACUAGGGUUGCGGGUUGAGUCGACUUUUCAAUCCACUUACAUUUACUUAGUCAUUUAUAAAAAAAAAUAAGACAUGUAAGGGUUUGCUAUUUUAUAAUUAAUUUAGAAUACAUUAUUGUAUAAAUAAUAAAAUAUUUAAACUCGUACUUGUUGCCCCUUUGACUGGAAUAUGCGAUCUUUCUUCAUGUCUAGUUGAGUUGAGCCUUCUCGUCCAUGAGGGGCAUCCACCGGUCAUCGUCGGCGUCUGCGGUUCCUCCAAGGGCAUAGGGCACCUACGAGAGACCUCCAGGCAUCUCUAUCCUGGGCCAGCUUCUCCAGGAUCUUCCAUUCAUGGCCAAUUUUCUUGAUGUCUGUCUCCAAUUCUCGGCGCCAAGUGUUUCUUGAACGGCCUCUUUUCUGCUUACCCUGUGGGUUCCAUUUCAGGGCUUGCUUUGUUGUGUUAGAAGCAGGUUUUCUUAGUGUAUGACCAAUCCACCUCCACCGCUUCUGGAGAAUCUCUUCCUCAAUGGGCUUCUGUUUUGUCCGCUGCCACAGUUCCUGGUUGCUGAUUUUGUCUGGCCAGUGAAUUCUGAGAAUCCUUCUUAGACAGUUGUUGAUGAAGGACUGGAUUCUGGUCAGGUUUACGGCCGUUGUUCUCCAUGUCUCGGCUCCAUAUAGCAGCACAGGUUUUACCAUAGCGUUAAAAAUCCUUACUUUUAACUUGCUGCCUAAGUUGUUAGAGACCCAAACAUUCUUGAGUUGUUGGAAGGCUGCUCUUGCUUUUCCUAUCCUUAUUUUGACGUCCGCAUCUGUACCACCUUGUUUAUCUACCAUGCUGCCAAGGUAAACAAAACUGUCCACCUCCUCAAGGGCUUCUCCUUCAAGCAUAAUGGGUGAUGUACUGGUGGCAUUAACCUUGAGGAUUUUACUCUUCCCUUUGUGAAUGUUGAGACCCAUGCUAGCAGAAGUGGCUGCGACAAUGUUUGUUUUCUCCUGCAUCUGUUGUUGGGUAUGUGCAAGAAGUGCAAGAUCAUCAGCAAAGUCAAGAUCAUCCAGUUGAUCCCACAAGGUCCAUUGGAUGCCAUUUCUUUUCUGCUGUGUAGAUGUUUUCAUCACCCAGUCAAUGGCUAACAGGAAGAGGAAUGGUGACAGCAAGCAACCUUGUCUCACACCAGUCUUCACCUGGAAAGCAUCUGUCAACUGCUGGCCAUGGAUAACUCGGCAGUUUAUCCCUUCGUACAUGUUUCUGAUUAUAUCAGUAAUCUUCUGUGGCACCCCGUAAUGCCUUAGCAAUCUCCACAGGGUUUGCCUGUCAACACUGUCGAAGGCUUUUUCAUAGUCAACAAAGUUGACAUAGAGCGGCGAGUUCCACUCUAGUGACUGCUCUAGAAUGAUGCGCAGUGUCGCUAUCUGGUCCGUGCAGGAUCUGUUGGUGCGAAAGCCGGCUUGUUCGUCCCGCAACAGAGGGUCUACAGCGUUUUUCAUCCUGUUAAGUAGUACACGGUUGAAAACCUUUCCUGGGAUGGACAGCAGGGUGAUCCCUCUGUAGUUCGAGCAGGAGCUUAAGUCUCCCUUCUUUGGGAUCUUGAUAAGGUAUCCCUCUUUCCAAUCGGAAGGAACUUGCUCCUCUUCCCAUAUCUUCAUAAACAGAGGGUGUAGCAUUUCCACACUGGUUUCCAGGUCCGCCUUCAGUGCCUCUGCUGGGAUGCCAUCAGGUCCCGCAGCCUUUCCAUUUCUGAGUUGUUUAAUGGCCCUGCUAAUCUCUUCUUUGGUGGGACUAUUACAGUCAAUUAGCAGGUCAUUAUCGGCUGGUUGGAUAUCUGGUGGAUUUCUUGGUUCAGGCCUGUUCAGGAGCUCUUCAAAGUGCUCCUUCCAUCUCCCUCUCUGUUGCUCCUCACUUGGUAUGGUGUUUCCCAUUUUGUCCUUCACUGGUCUCUCUACCUUGCUAAAUUUCCCUGACAGCGUCUUAAUGGUAUCAAACAGUUCCCUCAUGUUCCCCUGGUGAGCUGCAUCCUCUGCUUCUUUAGCAAGUUUAUCAACAAAUUCCUUCUUGUCCCUCUUGAUGCUUUUCUUAACUUUCUUAUUUGCAUCUGCAUACUCCUUCUGGGACUUGUUUUUCUGUGCUCGGGUGCAGCUGUUAUUCACUUCUGAUUUCUUUCUUUUCCUUUCUUCUAUUUUAUUCAGCGUACCUGCUGUCAUCCAUUCUUUGUGUGCCUUUUUCCUGUUUCCUAGCACUUCUUGACAUGUUGACUGGACUGUUUCUUUCAUGCUUUGCCACUUUCCUUCGGUGGUUUCAUCUUCAAGUAUUUCUUGUAGGACUUGGAACUUAUUGAAUAGUGAGAUUCUGAAUUCUUCCUUUUUGGCUUGGUCCUUCAGGAGGGAGGUAUUAUACCGAGUCCUGUAUGCUGUUUGCUCGGUAUAAUGUCUCUUUAGUUUUAAUUUCAUCCUGGCCACAAGAAGAUGAUGAUCUGAGGCAAUAUCAGCUCCCCUCUUAACACGUACGUCUUGGAGAGAUCGCCUGAAUUUUUUACAAAUACAUACAUGGUCUAUUUGGUUCAUCGUUCUCAUGUCCGGAGAGACCCAUGUAGCUUUGUGAAUCCUCUUGUGCUGGAAAAUGCUCCCCCCUAUGACCAGGUCAGCUGUGGCACAUAGGUCCGCAAACCUCUCACCAUUGUCGUUCAUCUCGCCUAUCCCUUGCUGUCCCAUAACCUCUUCGUACCCUGUGUUGCUAUUGCCGAUCUUGGCAUUAAAGUCUCCCAUGAGGAUGACGAUGUUCCUCCGUGGGCGACCCUGGACUAUGGUCGUUACUCUAUUGUAGAAUUCUUCUUUGUCUCCUUCAUCACUUUCAUUAGUUGGUGCGUAGCAUUGUAUAACAUCUAGGUUGAUGCUACGUUUCUUUGUUCGAAAGGUCACUAAAAGAAUUCUAGGUCCAUGGGCCUCCCAGCCAAUGAGUGCUCCUUGUGCUGCCCUUGAUAGCAUCAUAGCAACACCCAGGGUAUGUGAGGCAUUGUCUUCUUCGUGUCCCGAAAAUAUCACCAUCUCUCCUGAGAUUAAUCUCUUCUGUCCCCAUCCAGUCCAUCUUGCUUCACUAAUCCCGAGAAUGGUGAGCUUAUAGCUCCUCAUCUCAGCGGCUAUUUGUGCCGCUUUACCAGCCUCGUACAUGGUGCGGACAUUCCAAGCGCCAAUGACGGUGGUAGUCCUGGUAGAGAUGAUGGUUGUCAGCCUAAUAGCUUCCAGGUUUCGGCUUUCACUAUUAGGCGUCAUAUUUUCCUCCUCAAGGAAUCCAUCCUCUCCCAGGACUGAAAUGUCUUUUGUUACUCUUUUCGGUGCUUUUGUAACUAUGAUUUUUCCUUGCGCACAACCACUUGGGGGGUUGCCCCUCACAGCUCAAUGGGUAGCUGCCUUUGUUCGGGUUAGGUCCCUAGCCUUUGUGGAUCCCUCCACUUCCUACAAGGCAGUAGGGCUGAUUUUGGUCCACCCCGGGUAUUUUAUUUCCCCGGUACCCUCCAUAUCUGGCGGGCUUUCCCCUAUCCGCCGGAUGGGGAGGCGCUCGAUAGAAGAUCAGCAUCUCCCACGAGUUCUUCAUGUCUAACGCUAUUAAAAUUAUUAAACCAAACGAAACGACUGAAACGUGUACUCGGUACUGAACUGAGCAUGGCUGACUCAGUUCUGUCCCUACGCCUACUACUACUUAGUACUACUACUACUACUACUAUAUGAAACUAGGACUUAACCGGGUGAAGUUUUUGUUUUACAACGGUUCCGGGUAUUUUUAGAAUAUACCUGGAUGUCCAAGUGUUACUAAAAAAAAAAUAACAUAGACUUAGACAGAGAAGAUACUGUCGUUCAUUUUAUAACAAAGACUUACGGUUACGACUUAAGAAACAAUGUCGCAGAAUAACGAAAAUAACAAACCAUUCCUUUACCAGGCUACUAAAACUAAAAGACUCACAUGCCUAAAGUGAAAGGAUGGCCCUUGACCCAUUUCUAUAGGGCGUACAGCGCCAUUAAAAAGUGAUAUUUUUAAAAAAAAUAUUUUCUCAAGAAUAAAAAAAUCAUCCUAUUUACCAGAGUACAGUUGUUAAACAUGAAGUUUGCUGUGUGACAGAGGGACGUGAACAAUAACAUCACCAAAUAAUAGUUGCCUCUCCCAAAAGAAAAAAAAAUGAACCUAUUUACGAGAGUUCAGAUGUCACGCAUGAAGCUCGGUGUGUGACAGCCUUUUUCUUUUUUUUCACUAAGUGCUAUUGAUAUAAAACAUGUGUAGUUGGAAGAGGGAGUGUUUUGAAGAGGAAGCAUGAUGCACCAUAAGAAGCAAAAUAUUAUUAAGUGAUUUAAAUAUUUAUAAUUACAAACUACCAAGUCUAAACCUGAAGUCACUAAUAUUAUUGCAAUUGGCUAACCUUAACCCUGUUCUUCUUCUUAUCUUUCAUUAUUGAUUAUCACUGACAUUACAAUUACAAAAAAUUAAUAAUUAAAUGAGACCUGCCUAAGUGUCCCAAAAUUACCUAUUACCGAUAAUUGACGUUUUUUAAAGUAAAUGACUUGAUGUACUUUGGACUUUGGAAAUCCAGCACAUUAGUCAAUAAUAAUUCAUUUUAAAACAAAUUAACAUAAUUGAAUAGCACCAACACUUAUUUGUCAUAUGAUCUGCUGCUUUUUAGAGAAUUAAUUGGGGAAUGUGAUUAACAUUACAACUUAGACAAUUAAUUAAAUAGAAAAUUAUAAAAUUAUAGUAUUUUUAUUAUUAUAUAUUACUCUAUAUUUAUAUAUUAUAAAAUUAUAGUAUUAUUAUUAUAUAUUUAUAUAUGUGUGUGAGUCCCCUGUGACCCUAGCAUAGCUAGCCUCAUUCCAACUUAUUAUUGUAGGACCUAUUACAUAUUUUUGUAAUUAUAUUUUUUAUAAAUUAAAAAAAAAAACUAAAUAAAAAUUGUAAAAAAGAUAUUCUCUUACCUUUGAUAUUGAAAUAUCCUAUAUUCACUCACAAAUCACAAUAUUUCACAUGAAAAAUAUCAUAUAAUCCUCAGUAUUCUUAAAGAAAUAACACACUUUCUGCCACAAUAAUCCAAGAAUUACUUAAGGUAUUACUAAAGAACAAUCAUAAAAACUUAUACUUACCUCAAGUAAAUUACUAGAACUUAAUUUAUUUUCAAUCAACUGCCAAAGUUUAUUCUAUCAAUACAUGUUGAUUUGUGAAACACCUUUACUAACUUAAAAUAAAUGACAUACUAUUUUUUGGUCAUAUUCAGACAUUCAUAUGAAAUGGGAUUAAAAUGCAUAUAUAGAAAAUGGUAAAAUAAAAAGUGUAAUUGUCAGUUUUAACUAAAUGAAACAAAUAAUCCCUUUAUUAUUUGUGCAUACUUAUAAAUGUUAAACAAUUCCACAGAAAAUUUGAAAUUAAUAUCUUAAGAAUAUUUUUAUUAUUAUGAUUUUUGGGAAAUUUUAAAAAAAAUAUUUAAACAAAAUUAAUUAAUUAAUUUCAAAUAAGUGAUGAGUCAGCAUAUUUAAAAAAAAUUUAAUGGGAAAAUAAUACAUUUUUUUCCCCAAAUUUUUGCGUCAUAUUAAAAAAACUAUCUUAUAUUUUGUGGCUUUAUUUAGAAGUACUCUUAUUUAACUAUGUUCCCUGCAAAUAUUAUAUUUUUGUCUCAUUUUAUAAUAAAGUUAUAGGUGUUUUAAAAAAGGCAAAAUGAGGGUCACAAAAUGUGGAGGAAAAUCCCAUAGUGAAAAAGUGGUUUUGAGGUCCCUACUAAAAAAUUCAUAACUUUUGAACCACUUGAGCUAGAAAGUUGAUCUUGAUGUUUUUGUAAUCUAUUCUCCAGGCUCUAUACAGCUGUAGUAUUUUUAUAUUUUUAAAAAUGUUUUGAAAUUUUAAUCAAAGUCCCUACGCCUGCCUACAGUACGGUUCAAAAUUUAUAUUAAAUCAUCUACAUUUCUGGAAAGAAGUCUGAGAAGUGGGCCACCCAUCUACUAAGACUGUCUGAGCCUAAGACAGAAGUGUGAAACUUGUUAAAUGUAAAUGUACUGCUGUUGGAAAAUAAUAGCUUCAAGAAAAAUACAUUUUUAAGGCCUCCUCAAAAGACUAAAUUAACUUAAAUUGUGUUUUAAAUGGCAUUGUCUUUGGAACUGUCACUCAAUCUCUAAAUUAGAAAAUGAGAAAAAAACAUAAUCAGGGACAAUCAUAGUAAUAGUAUGGAUGAAGCAUGAAGUCCUUAGUAUUUGCUUGGAAACGAAGCUUCUAUAAUAAAAGUAUAUUGAAUAUAUCAAUAUAUAUAUGGAAAGACAAGAAGGCACAGAUCAGUAGUGGUUAAACCCUUAGCCAUUAUGCAUAUAAUUUAUCUUUAUAUGGAUUAGAAAUUAAGAAUGAGAUGUAACAUUUUCACUUUAAAAUUCUGUAUAGAUUUAAAUAAAAACAUAACAUAUAUACUGUUGAAGUAGUUAUAAACUGUUUUAUUUUUUUCUUCUUAACUUUUAUCAGUCACACUCAAAAGAGAAAAGAGUUUAUAAAAGAGAAAAAUGUUUAUUCAAAUCAUUUGGUUUAUAGUAGCAUAAUAAAUGAAUGAAUGGUAAUGAAAAUUAUGAAAUAUUUAAUCCACAUUGUAACUAUUCUUUAUUUCCUCAUUAGAAUGUCCUUGUCUCUAAAGAAAAUUCUGACACUUGUAUUUGUAAGAGAGCCUGGAAAAAUUCUACUUGGAAUGAAAAAAAGAGGUUUUGGUUGUGGCAGAUGGAAUGGUUUUGGUGGCAAAGUUGAAAAAGGAGAAACAAUCUUACAAGGCGCUAAAAGGUACAUUUAUUCACUUCUUUGUGAUUACAUGUAAGUGAGUAAGCUGAGACAGAUAGGCAUCCCCUGACAAGUUUUACCAACAUCAUUAUAAUAACAUAUUAAAGUGGUUAACAAAAACAUUGAGCUGGAUGGUAGAUUGGCUCAAGAGAGAGAUUUGGCAUACUGAUACAAGUGGACAUGGAGAGAUGUAGGAAUUAAUUGCCAGUGCAUCACCAAUGGCUGACUGCCUAUACCAGGUAUCACUGACGCUUGUUAGAUCUUGGCAAUUACAAGUCUCCUGUAUAUGGCACGAGCCUGUGAUACAAGUACAGAGUUGUGCACUAGAUAUGAUAACAUUAGCUGUCGUCUUUCCCCCCCCCCCAACCUUAGCAUUAAUUGAAACCUAGCUUAGGUACUCCAUGUAACUGCUUGUUAGAUCUUGGCAAUUACAAGUCUCCUGUAUAUGGCAUGAGCCUGUGAUACAAGUACAGAGUUGUGCACUAGAUAUGAUAACAUUAGCUGUCGUCUUUCCCCUCCCCCCCAACCUUAGCAUUAAUUGAAACCUAGCUUAGGUACUCCAUGUAACAUCAUUUUACCAUUUUGUAUUUAUGGCACUGUUAAAAUAAAGACAUAUACUAAUUAUUUCAAUUUCAGAGAGCUUUUAGAAGAAUGUGGAGUUUCAGCAAAACAUUUGGAGUCAGUUGGUCUUAUAAACUUUGAAUUUGAAAAUGAACCAGAAAUACUUGAAGUUCAUGUUUUUCAGGCUUCAAAGUACACUGGUGAGCCAAUUGAAACAGAAGGUAAAUAAAAGAACCAAUCAGCUUUCUAUCUUGUUUUGAUAGUAAUCAUACAUAAAGCAUUAAUCCAAUCAUGCUUAAUAUUCUAAAGCCAAAUGUGAAUUUUAAAAUGAGGAUUUCUCUUCCAUUCAUGUCAGAAAUGAGACCACAGUGGUAUAAAGAAAGCGAAAUCCCUUUCCAUCUGAUGUGGCCUGAUGAUGAAUUAUGGUUUCCAUAUUUACUAAGUGGAAAACAAUUUGAGGCUUUUUUCCUUUUUCGAGGAAUGGAUGUCGUUUUAGAAUACUGGAUCAAAGAAAAAGGUUUAAAUUUGAAUUCAUUUUCUGACAUAAAUAAAAGAUAAUUA